AGAUUUCAGUCUUCUCACAUUUGCAGUUGCGGAAGGUAACUCAUGAAGGAUGCGUCAACGGUAUACGCUCCAUGUCACAAAACCCACAUAUAUGUGCAGCUUGGGCAGAUACUGGUUAUGUACAGGUUUGGGACUUAAGCUCUCAUCUGAAUGCUCUAGCAGAGUCAGAAACAGAGGGUGUCCAAGGAGCUGCUGCAGUUUUUAAUCAGGCCCCCCUUUAUAAACAUAAACACAAAUAUGAAGGUUAUGCUAUAGACUGGAGUCUUCUUGUUCCCGGAGCCGGAAGGCUUGUAUCUGACUAUCUGGGGAUUGCAAUAAUUGAAUUUAUCUCUGGGAACCUACGUCUGCUGGCUGCUGCAACAUGGAAUAUUGACAAUACUCCAUUUGUUGGGCAUACUGCUAGUGUUGAAGAUCUGCAAUGGAGCCCUACAGAGCCUCAUGUUUUUGCUUCUUGUUCCGUGGAUGGAAGCAUUGCUAUAUGGGAUACCCGAUGGGGGAAGUUGCCAGCGGCAUCUUUUAAAGCACAUAAUGCUGAUGUGAAUGUAAUGCCAUGGAACAGGUUGGCUAGUUGUAUGUUUGCCUCAGGGAGUGAUGAUGGGACAAUUUCCAUUCGUGAUCUGAGAUUGCUCGAGGAAGGAGAUUCUGUGGUAGCACAUUUUGAAUACCAUAAGCACCCAAUCACAUCCAUUGAGUGGAGUCCACAUGAAGCCUCUUCAUUGGCCGUUUCAUCAUCCGAUAAUCAGCUUACGAUAUGGAACCUUUCAUUGGAAAAGGAUGAGGAAGAGGAGAUUGAAUUCAAGGCUCAAACCAAAGAACAAGGACAAAAAGACCUCAAAGAACUACAUUGGCAUGCUCAGAUUCCUGGAAUGGAUUCAACAUCCUUAUGCCUUCAAAUAUUCAGAGCACGUUGCCAUCAAAUGGUGCUUGAUAGAUAGAUACAUGGCCUUGGUGUUCAGCAUUUACUUCUUAUUGGUACCUGCUAAUCUGCUACCAUAGAUCGGAUUAGGUGCUCCUGAGUACAAAAGUUUUGAAUCUUCCCUUUAAUUUGUUUUUGUGUAAUUUAUUAAAAUGAUAUUCAGCCAGGCCCCUUUCUCGACCAUGGGGAGAAAUCAAGCGAGAGAACAUAAGAUGAGAAAACACUACAUUCAACUCAAAAGCUUAAGAUAGUAAAUUAAUGUGUCUCUCAUCUUAUAAACUCCUCACUCUUCUUUGUUUUUCUUGAUGUGGGACUAACUUCAACACUCCUCACACUUGCAACAUUAACAGUGAGGGAAGGGAUUGAAACGAGAUUUUGGAUCCAAGUGGUCUUGAAGAAGGACCAAUACCUUGAUUUUGGAGUUUGAUUCUGGUUCAGGGUUUGUCUUUUUCAGGUUUUGAUGGGAAGGGUUUUGGGUUGGGAAGACUGAAGAGUAUGGUGGUUCUGCUAUUGAUACAAAAAAUCAAAAAAAUAAAAAAGAAAAGGUUUCUCGUAAAUUUCAAAAAGUAAGAAAUAUUUUUUGGAUACUUCACCCAUUUCACUUCCAUGUUAAAAUUUUUAUGUUGUCCCACAGUAAAGUAUCCCCUGUUGUUCCAUCCA